UCUGUACACUGAUUGGUUUGUAUGUUUGGCGGACUUCGUCUUCCUGGUAAAGUGAGUUGAGUGUGAGCUUUCCGACCGGUGACAGCUGCACAGCCUGGGGGACUUGAUCAGCACCAGUCAUCAUGUCUCAUAGCAACGGUACCAGUCACCAUGUCAGUCAGGACGUGUGGGAAUCUCACAACAAGAUGAUGCAGGAACCACUCCGCUCCAACGACCCUGAGGUGUUCUCCAUCAUCAAGCGAGAGAAGCAUCGUCAGACCUUUGGCCUGGAGCUGAUCGCAUCAGAGAACUUCACCUCCAGAGCCGUUCUGGAAGCCCUGGGGUCCUGUAUGAACAACAAGUACUCAGAGGGGUAUCCCGGACAGCGGUACUACGGGGGAACAGAACAUGUGGAUGAGUUGGAGCGUGUGUGUCAGAGGAGAGCUCUGGAGGUCUACGGACUGGAGGCUGACAGGUGGGGGGUCAAUGUCCAGCCCUACUCAGGUUCCCCUGCUAACUUCGCCGUGUACACGGCCAUCGUUGAGCCUCAUGGGAGGAUCAUGGGUCUGGACCUCCCUGAUGGAGGUCACCUGACGCACGGCUUCAUGACGGACAAGAAGAAGAUCUCUGCCACGUCCAUCUUCUUCGAGUCCAUGCCCUACAAGGUAAACAACAACAACACCAGGCUGUGUGAAGGCCUUGACCGGACGGUGUUGUUUCCCCUGACCUUUAACCCUCCUCCUACCCUCGUCAACACCUGA